AUGAAAGAAGCAGUCUAUGAUACAUUUACAACAGCUAGUUUUGAACAAAAAUGGUGUUCGUUCAUAGAAAAGUUUGAUCUCCAAGAAAAUGAUUGGUUGGGUGGGUUAUAUACUGAGUGUCAUAGGUUGGCACCAACUUUAUUAAGGAAAUAUUUUUGGGCUGGUAUGUCAACUACGCAACAUAGUGAGAGCAUACAUGCUUUCUUUGAUGGAUAUAACAAUUCUACAACAAGUCUAAAUCAGUUCGUGAAACAAUAUGAUAAUGCUCUUAGAAUUCAGGAAGAAAAGGAAUUUGAAGCUGAUUUUAAUUCGAUGGAUACAACAAUUCCAUGUGGGUCAAACUCGUCCAUUGAGAAGCAAUUCCAAAGUGAGUUUACGAAUGCCAAAUUCAAGGAAAUUCAAGAGGAAUUCAUAUCUAAAAUGAAUUGUUCUGCCUCAUUAAAUAGCAUGGAAGAUUGCUUUGCUACGUAUCAUGUGUUGGAGGAGAUUUUAGUUGGAGACAUACGCAAAGAGCGAGCCUUAAAAGUUGUGCUUAAUAAGGAAAACCAUGAUUUCAAAUGUGAAUGCUCAUUAUUUGAGUUUAGAGGUAUUGUGUGUCGGCAUGUGUUAUCUGUGUGUAGUCAAGAGAGGAUUAUAAGUCUUCCAGAGAAGUAUGUUUUAACGAGAUGGAAGAAAAACAUUAAAAGGAAGCAUUCAUAUAUCAAGACUAGUUAUGGUGUAACAGAGUUGAAGCCACAAAUGGAUAAGUUUGACAAAUUAUGCAAGCAUUUUUAUGAGGCUGCUGAAGUAGCUGCCGAGUCAGAAGAGACUACCGAAGACCUCCAUGAAACAUUACAUUUGUUUAGCUCUAAUAUGUUUGGAUACAAAGUUAUUCAGGUGGAAUAUUCGGGUGGGAUGUUGCAAGAUUGUAAAUUGAAUUUUGUAUUAAUCCAAAUUGUAAAUGGUGCAUUCCAGACUUUAAAACAAUGGAAAUUGCAGUUUCAGACUUGGUUAAUACAUUUCACGAAGUUGGUUAAUGGAAGUUUAACUUUGCUUGAUGCAGUUCCAGACUAUAAAACAAGGGAAAUUGCAGUUUCAGACUUGGUUAAUACAUUUCACGAAGUUGGUUAA